AUGCUGACUUUCCUACUACUUCUCCUAGGACAAGGCUCUGUGUUUGGUGCUCUCCUCUCUCAAAAGCCACUCAGGGACAUCUGUCAACGUGGAACCUCGGUGACAAUCCAGUGUCAGGUUGAUAGCCAAGUUGCCCUAAUGUUCUGGUACCGACAGCUUCCUGGACAGAGCUUGACACUGAUUGCAACGGCAAAUCAGGGCUCUGAGGCCACUUAUGAAAGUGGAUUUACCAAGGACAAGUUUCCCAUCCACCGCCCAAACCUAACGUUCUCCAUUCUGACUGUGAACAGUGUGAACCCCGAAGACAGCAGCUUUUACUUCUGCAGCGCUGGAGACACAGUGCCGUGUACAGGUCAGAGAUCUGAGCAAGAACUUCAGCUUCCUCCAGCCCAUCUCCCUCCUCCCCAGUUCUCAUCCAGAUGA